ACUUACCAAUGAAGAAGAACUCUACAUAUUAUAUCAAAAAGAUGUUUCGGGGAAAGAGGCAUCAGGACGUGUUGACUAUGCGAUCAAAGGAAACGAAGAUCUAAUGUGUAUAGCCGAAGGAAAACCCCGUAACGUCGAAAUCGGUUAUCUCCAGAAUAUCAUGCAACUAGAAAGUGCAUACCAUAUCAAUAAGAAGAAGCGUACAGCAGACGAAGCUUUCCGGGAUGAUGAUUACGAUUAUCUCUAUGGGUUAGUCUCUACAGGUAGUGUUAUCCAAUCAUUCCCAUAA